AUGGCUUCUCUCCAAGCAGACCCGUUGCAAAUCACGGGGAGCUCUGAGAAUGCUACCCAGUCACCAAAGGAAGGCCCACAAGACAUUUCCGAGGACGAAACCAUCACCGCCAAACAUGACCUCAGCUUCUACAUGAUCAUGUUCUCGCUCGCCGUCGUCGUGUUUUUCUCUGCCAUGGACGCAACCAUUAUCGUCGCCGCCUUCCCUACUAUCUCACACGAACUACAUGGUGGUGAUAAGUACGCCUGGAUAGCCAACUGCUUCGUCCUUGCCUCAACGACUGUCCAGCCGCUCAUCGGUCAGCUGGCAAACAUCUUCGGGCGUCGCAAUCCCAUGUUGAUCUCCGUCUCCCUUUUCGCCUUGGGCUCCGGCAUCGCUGGUGGAGCCACGAAUAUCGCGAUGCUGAUUGCAGGACGCACCUUAAUGGGUAUAGGCUCCGGCGGCAUUAUGGUGCUCACGGAGCUCAUCAUUUGUGAUUUGGUAUCGUUGAGAGAAAGGGGGAAAUACCUUGGUCUGAUAUUGGGUGGCAGUGGUCUCGGUGUCCCUCUUGGACCGGUCAUCGGAGGUGCAUUGGCGCAGGCAAACUGGCGUUGGGUGUUCUACAUCAAUCUACCUGUGUGUGCCGUGACACUGGCCCUUCUCGUCGUCUUCCUCCGACUGAGGCACACUCCAGAAGCAUCCUGGAAAUUGGCGUUCGCACGAAUUGAUUACUUCGGAAGCUUCCUUUUCAUCUCAUCAAUAACCUCUAUUCUCCUCGGCCUGAUAUUGGGCGGCACCGUCUUUCCCUGGUCAUCGUGGCGAGUAGUACUUCCACUCGUUCUGGGGGUUGCAGGCUGGGCACUCUUUCACGUCUUCGAAUACUCCUCCUGGUGCAAAGAACCUAUCAUCCCACCACACAUCUUCGGCAACAGCACCACCUCCACAGCCCUUAUCCUCAACUUCAUUUCUGGCAUGCUGUUGGAAUGGACAACUUUCUUUCUCCCUGUCUACUUCAUGGGCGUCCUGACCACCUCACCACUGAAAGCAGGCGUCGAUAUCCUCCCAUUCACGCUCUUCGUGGUGCCCUGCUCUGUGGUCUCCGGUGCACUCAUCACGAUAUAUGGCACCUAUCGCCCUAUUCAUUGGACCGGUUUCGCCAUCGGUGCCAUCGCCUACGCGGCAUGGAUAUGUUUCCAGCUCCUAGUCGCAGGGAGCAUAGGGCUGCACAUGAUGUCUACACUUCCCGCCGUUCUUGCACCCCUCCCGGAAUCGGACGUCGCGGCUGCGCUGGGCACAUUCGCCUUCCUCCGUGUCUUUGGCUGGGUGUGGGGUAUCUCGAUUCCGUCUAUCGUGUUUAAUGGGCAGUUCAACAAAAAUCUCUCCCAGAUUGACAAUGAAGCUCUUCGAGCCACAUUAGUAAAUGGCGCUAGUUAUGGAUAUGCGUCCCAAGGUUUCUUGUUGAGUUUAACCAAGAAGGAGAGGGAGCAGACUGUGAAGGUUUAUGCUCAGGCGAUGAAGACUGUUUGGCAGGUUGCAGCUACUUUCUCUGCGGUAGCGUUCUUUAUGGUCUUCUUGGAGAAGCAUGUUGUGUUGAGGACGGAGUUGAAUACGGCAUUUGGGAUUGAGCAGAAGAAGAAAGGGGGGGGGGCUGAGGUAUAA